CAGAACUGUUCGUAUAUAUACAUAUUCUGUCGAUUGAAUUGGUUAUAAUCAAACGGAGAGUCUUAGUUUUUAUAUGUGAUAACAGUUAUUUGCGGGCAUGUUUAAAUUUGUGUCAAUAUUGUGUUGUAUCAAUCUGUUUGUGGUACGUGUAUAUGGUCAAGAGGGUUCACAAUGCUACACAUCAAGAAAAGAGUUUGGUUCUUGCAUAAAUAUAAAGACUUGCAAUUAUAUGGUUCAGCUUUUAAUUAAUCGUAAACAAGAUCCAGAAAUCUUGAACUAUCUUCGAAGUUCAACAUGCGGAUUCAUAGGCAAAGAUCCUCUUAUAUGUUGUCCUCAAACAAAGGAAGAGGAGGAAAGUGAAGAAAAUCUCAUUGUUAGUAAUGGCAAUCAGAAUACAAAGCUACCACUUAAACCUCAAUGUGGUCUAAGCAAUGUAACAAAUCCAAGAAUUGUUGGAGGAGUUCCAGCAAAAUUAAACGAGUUUCCUUUUAUGGUUAUUCUAGGAUACAGAAAUAAACUUAAUCCAACUAUUCCAAAAUGGCUAUGCGGAGGUACUUUGAUAACAGAAAAGCAUGUAUUGACAGCUGCUCAUUGUGCUUAUAACAGAAAUGAUUUGUAUUUGGUAAGAGUUGGGGAGCUAAUACUUUAUGAUGACAUGGACAGUGCUUCUCCUGAGGAUAUAUCCAUCUCAAAGAUAAAAAUGCAUGAAAGUUUCAGUCCUACUGAAUUUACCAAUGAUAUUGCAAUAAUAACAUUAUCAAGCAAACCAAAAAAUCCAUUGGUUUGGCCUGUUUGUCUACCAGUAGAAGAUCCAAUGAAAUCUAGUUCGUACAUUGGAGAAAAUGGAGUCGUAGCAGGAUGGGGAUCUUUAUAUUUUGAUGGACCAAGAAGCUCAUCACUGCAAGUAGCUGACAUGCCUGUAUUAAACCAAAACAGUUGCCAACGGGUAUUUGGUCAGAAUACAGUUAUUGACAAUAGAAUAAUUUGCGCUGGUUGGCUUUCUGGAGCAAAAGAUACUUGUCAAGGGGACUCAGGUGGGCCUUUAAUGUUUGCUGUAAAAGAACAGAAGCAUUUUUGGUACUAUCAAAUUGGUAUCAUAUCCUACGGAUUUAGAUGUGCCGAAAUAGGCUAUCCUGGUGUUUUUACAAGAGUAACAAAUUAUUUAGAUUGGAUCCAAACUAACGUUGUGUGAUAUUUAUAUGCUAUAUUUUUUAAUUUAUUCGAUAACAUAUAUAUUAUGUAGUAGUUUCUAAUUGUAAUUUUUGUACCUAAUAUUUUUCCGUUUAGAUUAGAAUAAUAGUUUUGCUUACAUUUUGUAAUCUGUUUAUUUGUAAUAAUUGCAUAUUUGUAUUAUCGCCAUAUUUUUGCUUGUAACCUUAAAUAAAUCAUUACAAUAAUUA